AUGAACACCCUGCAUCAUGAUCUCUCACUCGAUGUCUCGCAACUUCCGGAAGAGCUGCACAAUCGAAAAACAAAAUUCUUUGGAAAAAGUACUCGCAUCAAGGCAUUCAUUUCUCAUCAUUGGAAUACAAUCAUGGGAGUAGCCAUGAUCGGAGCAUGUUUUUUAAUGGCUCUCGGAGUUCUUCUCAUCUUGAUGGGAUUUUUAGCAAAUUCCGAAGGAGAUUAUUCAAUUCAAGCAUCGUGUAAAUUAAUGGAAGCUAUUCACUGUAAGAAAACAAUUACUACCUCCCAUGAUCCGAGUUUGGACAAUAUUGAUUUUCAAAAUCCAUUUUUAGAAUAUGUGACUUCGGGGAAUGCUAAACUAUUUUGUAAUUUUAUUGUGAUUGCAAAUGAUGAGAAUCGAACACGAGAGAGUGUUGAUCGAAUUUUGUUUCAGGAGGAAGAAGUAACACAAGAAGGAAAUGAUGUUUCAAAUGGGCUUAGAACCACAUUCAGUUCAACUCCAGCUGGUCCUCCUGUUUACAUCGCUUCGACACGACAACGACCUUUUUAUUCUUCCUUGUUUGUGAGAAGGCAAACUACAUUUGGUGCUAUUAACUCGACGAUGACUUGUUAUUUAGCAUCGAAUGAUGAAGAGCACGUGUCUUUUCACAAAUCCAUUUCGAAUGGCAAGGUUGCAUUGCGAGUAUGUGGAUUCAUUCUCAUGACUAUUGGAUUAAUAGCUUUAGUGUUCUUCAUUUUGGCUGUCACAUCCAUUCGAAAGCAAUGUUUGGAUUUUCUGGGAAGAAUACUUCGAAAAUAUGGUUUUAGACAAUCAAAACGAUCCGAAGAAGCGGUCUCAUUACGAAACAGUAGGGUCAAUGCAACCAGUAUUCACACGGGAGAUGAUGAAGAACGAGAAUAUUUUGAUUAUAUAGACAAAAAUGACAGAAACGAUCGAAAGAUUGUGAGAGGAGGCGAUUUGGGUGAAGAGGAGGACGAAGAUAUUAUGGUUGUGCAGUAG